UGCUGAACUGACGCGAUAAGUUAGAACGAGAUAAGUAUAUUUUGUCUCGCUCUAACUUCCCGUACCAAUCACAGCAAUGCAGCUAAAAAGAACAGACCAAUUUAUACGUUCAUGUUCUAUCCCGGCCAUAAGACGGAACUGAAAUAAACUGUGAAGCAUUUGCUCAUGUACAUUUUUUGUGCGUUACGCACUCUGUGUGGGAUAUGUAUAUAUAAAUGUUCUACAUUUAAAUAAAAAAAUUUUCUGUCAUAUCUCAUCGUAUUGAAACGUCUUGUAGGGUACUAGUUUUGGCAUGAAAUUUUAACGCGAAGAUCAUUACGGAAGGAAAAAUUUAUUUACGAGAUAAUGGGCGUUGUUUAUGCUAAGGAAUCUAGUAACCCUGUAGAUUUAAAUCAGUCAUCUAAAAAAAAAAUCUUUACAAAUGAAUCUACAAAAUCAUCAACUGAUGCAAUGGAAGAUCUUCAAACAAUUUUCAGUAAUAAAUCUCGAUUACCUAGAGAAGAAGAAAAUUUGCAAACAAAAUCUAUUGAUCUACAUGGAAUAAAAGCGCGAGUUGACAAGGUUCACGUGGACGGCCUUAUGAGGACCAAAGAUGAUAUAGUAAAGUCACAAGUGAUGGACUUAUUCAAAGCUAAAGAUUUUCAGGAUGUUAUUAUACGUGCUUAUAAAAUACAUGAAAAACUGGAAGCUUUAGGAUGUUUUAGACGUAUCGGAAUUUACAUUGAUACAAGUCAAGGUCCCGAAGCUACUCCUGAUGGUGUCGAAGUCACUUUUAAAGUACGUGAGAUGAGACGCUUAGUUGGUGGCGUUAAUACAAUGGUUGGAAACAACGAGGGAUCUUUAAUGGUCAGCGCGAAAGCGCCGAAUCUCUGUGGGAGAGGAGAACGUGUUCAAAUGGAGUAUUCUCAUGGUACUAAAAGUUCAAUUAAUUUUAAUAUAUCUGCCUUCAAACCGUUCCCACGAAGCUUAUAUAACGCAGCAUUAACUGGCACUAUAUUCAAUAGCACAAACGAUUUUCCGUGGUCUGGUUUUAAACAAAAUGAUAAAGGAUUGCUUUUUGAUGUGGAGCUCAAUCCGACAAGCGCAUUUAAGCACAACAUACAAUACGAAGCUGCAUUUAGAAAUAUAACUUGCUCGAAACAAGCGACUUUUCGUGUCCGGGAACAAUGUGGACCGAAUCUUAAAUCUGCCUUAAGAUACAUUUGGACAAUAGAUAAAAGAAAUUCUCCUAUAUUUCCUGUUGCCGGGAGUUUUAUGCGGUUAACAACAGAAAUGGCCGGACUGGGUGGUGAUAUAGGUUUCUUCAAGAACGAAUUUGCUAUACAGAGUAACUGGUCACCACAUGAAUAUCUUACAUUUCAGCUAGGUUUUCAAUGUGGGUUAUUGAACACAAUUAGUAAUGACUUGAAAAUAAGUAUUGCCGACCAUUUCUUUCUGGGUGGUCCACUGAAUCUCCGAGGAUUUGACAUGAGAGGUUGCGGUCCUCGUUACGACGGAAAUUCUGUAGGCGGUGAGAUGUAUUGGGCAGCCGCACUUCAUAUAUAUACACCACUUCCGUUCAGACCCGGUCGUAAUAGUUUCGGAGAUUUAUUUAGGUUACAUGGUUUUAUGAAUGCUGGUAAUCUGUCUAAUUUCUCCUUUAAAUACGGUAAUAUUUACAGUGAAAAUUUGAGGAUUUUCACAGAAAAUGUCCGCCUGGCCGUUGGUGGGGGUCUUGCGAUGAAAUUAGGAAAUGUUGCUCGUAUAGAAUUGAAUCUAAUUGCACCAUUGAUGUUCAUGAGGAGCGAUGUGCUUCAACAAUUUCAAUUUGGAAUUGGCGUACAAUAUCUUUAAACAUCUCUUAUGUUGCAAUAGUCAAUGCAUCUUUUAUUACUCCUUAUACGGUGGACUAAAUGUAAAUGAGAAUAGAGAGAUAGAUAGAUAGAUAGAUUAUAUAAAUUUGUCUCUGUUACUGUUUCUUGAUAACACAGUAGUGACUCGACAAAUUUAAAAUAUUUGGAAUAAAGUCAAAAAUAUAA